CUUCGGCAUGCUACCAACAAAGAGCUUUCAUGAUGUCAAUCAGCAGCCAAAGUCCGGAGUACCUGGGAGAGAACCAGCCACACAUAGGACCCCCCUUAUCGGCUGUCAUCAACCACGGAAGGGGGGCCGUCACUUUGGGAGAGCCUCACAAAAGUGCCCCUCCCGGAGCAUCAAUCUCAUCUCAUUCCCGGUUUGUGUGUUCAAGUAUUCAAGUAUCUCGGAGCCUGGCGGCAUGAAACAAGGCAAGGCGGCGAAUGUUGCUUCUCGGAUCCUCAGCCUUGGUGGAUUGCGUACUGGGCCGCGUACAUGCGUUUGCUUUGUGAGGCAAUGGAGCAAGUUGCAGCUCGAC